AUGUCAAAUCCAGCCCGAAACCCUGCGCGCGGACGCCGCUUAGACGACGCCCUCUCCCAGCUAGUCGAUGGUCUGACCCCCGCGCUCCCGAUCUCCGCCAUCCAAGACGAAGACUACUCCGACACAGAGGAGGCCCUCGCCUCAGCCGAAAGCCGCCGUCACCAUGUCCUCAUGGAGCGCGCCUGGCGCAUCCUCGAUACCCAUGCCAGCACCAACGCCCCAGACCCAGGAUCACCAACGGGGCUUGGUGGACGGCGCGGAAGUCUCGCGGGAACAGAGAGCGUCAAUAACGCGCCAGAUCUGAUUAAGCGCAAGCUGCGCCGCGAAAAUGUCAGCCCGGAUAAGGCGGUGCGGUUUUCUAAUCUCUACUCUCGCCUCCUGACGCAGCCUGUGUUGUCGCAGAAAUGGGGGAUCCUCUUUUUGCUUUAUAAGUUGUCUGCCUCGGAUGAGCCAGUGGAGGGCGGGGAACGAAGCCGGAGCCCGUUGAUGGACGAGGCGCAUUUGCACAAUAUGUUGGGGAAGGGUGGUACACGCCCAAGACGGGGCACUAUGAUCGACUCGGAGGAUGAGGGCCCCGCUAUUAGCUCGUCGGCUUCGCAGCAACACCAACGCGUUCUACCGCCGAAGAUGGAGCGACAGAGCUCCUUACGACAUGAUUUCGACCGUGAUGGUGUACAUCAGGCUGGGCGUGGCUCGACUGAAAUACCAGCCGUUCGCGUUGAUGCUGGAGUGAAUGACCGUUCCGGCGAUGAGCAUGCUCGUGCUGCCUCGCCUCGGCCUUCGAGUGCUAAUCCAUCGGGCCCCGCGAAUUUUGCUGGGUCUGUUGAGCAUAGGCUCCUGCGCGACCUUCCGUUCAACUUGCAAGGGUUGUCUUCGUCGAAUUUGCAAUUCAGUUCCUCGUCGAGCUUGAAAUUGCCCUCAAAUUUGUCUGCGCCGAUAACCUCACUUCUUAACACGUUGGCGGAGCCUUGUCUGCUCUAUAAAGGACUGUCUGCGUUUGUGGAGAGCGAAGAAGGCGGACUGGUGAACCAGAGCUUGCGAGCUGCCAUUGCCAUUGAGCUACGCGCAUAUCUUAGCUUGGUGGCUACACUUGAGGCGGAAAUCCGACAGGCGCUGACCGCGAUUGGAGACGGAACUGAACCUCAAGGUGUACGAAAAGGUGGCGUAACCUUGAAGCGAUGUGUGGUGUGGACGAGAGAUGCCACAAUGGCCCUUCGAUUGAUGAGCUUAAUCGUAGAAGAGGCCCAGAGCAAGAGAGGUGGGCAGUUGAUUUCAUUAAUACACGGCUUUUCAACAUCCCACGGAGAUCCCUUCGUGUGCGCAUUCGCCGAGAAGCUUCUUGCACAUGUGACGCGUCCAUUCUACGACAUGCUACGACUAUGGAUUUACGAUGGUGAACUGUCAGAUCCUUACAAGGAGUUCUUUGUCGCUGACCCAGAGUUCCGGCCGAAGACUGACCCUCGGCGGCUUGCAACUAGCGUCUGGGAGGACAAAUAUAAGCUUGAUGAUGACAUGCUACCUUCAAUAAUUACUCAAGAGUUUGCGAAGAAGAUUUUCCUGAUUGGAAAAUCCUUGAACUUCAUCCGCCAUGGCUGCGGUGAUUCGGCGUGGGUGGAGGCCUAUUCAAAGAAAGCCUCUAAGGAGCUUCGAUAUGGUGAUACCGCCACCCUCGAGAUCUCCAUUGACGAGGCAUAUAAGACCACAAUGGCUCGAUUGAUUUCCCUGAUGAAUGGAAAAUUCAAUCUCUUCGAUCAUCUAAAAGCACUGAAGAGUUACCUGCUCCUGGGCCAAGGAGACUUCAUUGCUUUGCUCAUGGAGUCGCUCGCCACAAAUCUGGAUCGUCCAGCAAAUUCACAAUACCGACAUACCCUAACUGCACAGCUGGAACAUGCUAUCCGUGCCUCCAAUGCACAAUACGACACCCCAGAAGUGCUGCGUCGGCUUGACGCCCGUAUGCUCGAGCUGAGCCACGGUGAAAUUGGAUGGGAUUGCUUCACAUUAGAAUACAAAAUCGAUGCUCCUGUGGACGUGGUCAUCACACCUUGGGCAUCAACUCAAUACUUGAAAGUUUUCAACUUCCUAUGGCGCAUCAAGCGAGUUGAGUUCGCGCUGAACAGCACCUGGCGCCGAUGCAUGACUGGUGCACGAGGAGUGCUCGGCAACGUGGAGGACAAAGUCGGAGCAGACUGGAAACGAGCACGCUGCGUGAUUGCAGAAAUGAUCCACUUCGUCAACCAGCUCCAAUACUAUAUCUUGUUCGAAGUCAUCGAAUCCAGCUGGGAACAACUACUCGAGGCAAUCCAGAGACCCGACUGCACACUGGACGACCUUAUCGAAGCACACACCAAAUACCUCAACUCCAUCACUCACAAGGGUCUACUAGGAUCUGCAUCCUCCUCGCGCUACGGCACCUCAACCUCGACCUCCGCAAAACAACCCGAAGAAAGCUUCCUCAGCCAGCUCCACCAGAUCCUCAAGUUCAUGCUUGCCUACAAAGACGCCGUAGACGGCCUGUACUCCUUCUCCGUUGCGGAAUUCACCCGGCGCCAGGAGAUAAACGCGAAGAUCGAGACUCGCUCCGCCCAGGGUCAAUGGGGUCUCUCAGAGCGUGAUCUCCUCUCCCGCCAGUCCAACACCCGGACCGGGACCUCAAUGGCCUCGACCCCAGACAUCCGACCCGACAGUGCUGGGGUGGACGGUGUCAGCACCCCGCUUUCAUUAUCUGGCCCCAAUCUCGCUGCGGACGAGAACAUGCUUGCCUCGCUUCGCGUCCGCCUCCGCGAACUCUCUGCAGAGUUCCGAUCCCGUCUCACUGUCCUCCUCGGCGAUCUGUCGUAUCAGCCGGAUGUGGAUAUGCGCUUCCUGGGCGUUGUGAUGAAUUUCAACGAUGUCUAUGAACUGCCUAAACGGCGGAAGGCGGCUGGUCCGAGCGCUAGGGAUAAGGAGAAGGAGAAGGAGAAGGAAAGAGAGAAGGCGAAACGGAGGGCUGCUGCGUCAGCGGCGGCUACAGGCUCCGGAACUGAGAGUUUUGUACAGAAGGAAGUGCGCAGAGAGAGGAGAGAUACUGGGGCUAAUGAUCCUGGGUUUGGUUCUGGGGCUGGGAUAUAG